AUGAGGGCCAGAUCUCACAUAAUACGGCGACAAUGCCGUUCAUUCGCUUCAUUGUCGACCGUUGCCCGUCCCACACCUCUAAGAACACUGGUUCCGAGAGCGACAACGUCCCGAACAUCGGCUUUAGCUCCUAUAUUGCUUGCUCCGAGGUGCACAUAUGGCGUUAGAUACCAAAGCGCUGCUGCAGCUUCUCUACUAGCAGACGCAGCAGAAGGCGCCGAUAACCUCACCGCAGAUGGCAUCCUCAGCCGUCUCGACCCCAGCGAGCUCUCUCGUCUCUCUCACCUACGAAACAUCGGUAUAGCCGCUCACAUCGACUCCGGCAAAACCACCUGUACGGAGCGAGUCCUAUACUACACCGGUCGAAUCCACUCUAUCCAUGAAGUCAGAGGUAAAGACUCCGUGGGUGCCAAAAUGGACUCUAUGGACUUAGAAAGAGAAAAGGGUAUCACCAUCAAAUCCGCUGCUACGUUCUGUAGUUGGUCGAAGAAGGAUGAUAAGGGGGUUGAUCAAAAGUACCAUAUCAAUUUGAUCGAUACACCUGGACAUAUUGAUUUUACUGUUGAGGUAGAGAGAGCUUUGAGAGUUUUGGACGGGGCGGUUAUGAUUCUUUGCGCUGUUGGUGGAGUACAAUCUCAGACCAUUACCGUUGAUCGUCAAAUGCGCCGUUACGAUGUUCCAAGAAUCUCGUUUAUCAACAAACUCGACAGAAUGGGCGCAAAUCCUUUCAAGGUCAUCGAACAAAUGAACCAAAAACUCAAAAUCCCGGCGGCAGCGGUACAAAUCCCCAUCGGUACCGAAGAUCAACUUAAGGGUAUCAUCGACUUGGUCAGAAUGAAAGCUAUCUAUUUCGAAGGUCACAGAGGAAACGUUAUCAAAGAAACCGAUGAUAUUCCAGAACACUGCAAGGAACUAGCUAAGGAAAAGAAAUCGGCUUUGAUAGCUGCUUUGGCAGAUGUUGAUGAUGAAAUCGCAGAAAUAUGGCUGGAGGAACAAAUCCCCACGAAUGAACAAAUUCAUGCAGCCAUUCGUCGGUCUACGUUGGCAUUGAAGUUCACACCGGUAUUCAUGGGUUCGGCAUUAGCAGAUAAGGGUGUCCAACCCAUGCUCGACGGUGUCAUCAACUACCUCCCACAACCUGCUGAAGUCAAGAACACAGCUUUGGACCGAAAACGCAAGGAAAUGCCAGUAGCAUUGAUCCCACACACACAAGCACCGUUCAUCGGACUUGCCUUCAAACUCGAAGAAAGUAACUUUGGACAGUUGACUUAUAUCAGAGUGUACCAAGGAACACUCAAGAAGGGUGGAUUUGUGUUUAACAUCAGAACCGGGAAGAAAGUCAAGGUUCCUAGGUUGGUUAGAAUGCAUUCCGACGAGAUGGAGGAUGUGGAUAACAUCGGAGCUGGUGAAAUUUGUGCGGUGUUCGGUGUGGAGUGUGCUUCCGGUGAUACCUUCUCGGAUGGACAACAGUCUUAUACUCUUCAAUCGAUGCACGUCCCCGAACCCGUCAUCUCCCUCGCCAUAAACCCCAAAUCCAACAACCAAACCGCCAACUUCUCCAAAGCCAUCUCCCGCUUCCAACGCGAAGACCCAACUUUCCGAGUAACCCAAGACCCAGAAACCCAAGAAACAAUCAUCUCGGGUAUGGGAGAAUUACAUCUUGAAAUUUACGUCGAAAGAAUGCGAAGAGAAUACAAAGUCGACUGCGUGACCGGUCAACCAAAGGUCGCCUAUCGCGAAACAGUCACCCAGAAAGUUACAUUCGAUCACACACUUAAGAAACAAUCCGGCGGAGCUGGAGAUUUCGCCAGAGUAGCAGGAUCCGUCGAACCAACCGGUGAACUCGGAGAAAACAUCUUUGAAAAUGCAAUUUUCGGUGGAGCUAUCGAUGAGAAAUACGUCUUUGCCUGCGAAAAGGGAUUCAGAGCCAGCUGCGACAAGGGACCAUUAUUAGGUCAUAAGGUCCUUGGUGUUAAAAUGACAGUUAACGACGGUGCAACCCAUAUCGUCGACUCCUCAGAAAUGGCAUUCAAAAUCGCAACCCAACAGGCCAUGCGAAAGGCGUUCAAAGACGCCCAAGCUAUCGUUUUGGAACCGAUCAUGCGUGUAUCCAUCUCAGCACCCGCGGAGUUCCAGGGUGCUAUCGUGGGGUUGAUGAAUAAACGUAAUGCGAUGAUUGAGGAUACGGAAAUCGGAGUUGAUGAUUUUACAAUGUAUGCGGAAGCAGGGUUGCACAGUAUGUUUGGAUUUUCGAGCGUGCUGAGAGCUGCUACGCAAGGUAAAGGAGAGUUUACGAUGGAAUUUUUGAAGUAUAGUCCUGCUAUGCCGCAGCAUCAGAGGGAGUUGAUCGCAGCACAUGAGAAGGAGUUGGCUGCGAAGGAGAAGUCGUAG